UGGACAGUAUUUAUGACCGCACACUUUAUGAGAUUGGAAAUGAGGGCAAAUAUCAAAAACGUUUUGAGAUGACAUAUCUCGUAAUAUUUUUAGGAUUUUGGGGUAUGACAUAUAUGAAUAUGAUUCUCUCCCUUGCAAUCACACCACAUAUGUGUAAAGUUCCAGAGAAACCGGGAAAUAUUAGUGACCUGGAUUGGAAAAUAAUAAAUAUACCAAGGUAUGAAGAUACUAUUACGAAGCAAACUAAAUUCGAAAAUUGUCUAAUUUAUGCCAACCCAAACAAAAAUAAUAACACUAAGGCAUGUCAAGAAUACACUUAUGAUAAUACUUGGUACGAUACGACGGUGCCAUCAGAAAAUAAUUGGGUGUGCGACAAAGAAUUGAAUGUCGCCAAUAUAUUGGCCUAUAGCAAAGUUGGAGAUAUUAUUGGAUCAAUUUUUUUCGGCUGGUUUAGUGACGUAUAUGGCCGACGGUAUACAUACAUAAUUUCAGUAACGAUGUUGAUAUUUGGUCGCUUAAUUUCUUUCGUAGCAGGAAAUUCUUAUAUCAUAUUUACUAUUGGCUGUUUCAUUGGGAAUUUACCAUCUUGGUCAGCACCACAAAACGUUACUUCCAUAGCCAUAGAAAUGACUUCAACAAGACGCCGCUCUAUUAUUGCUAGUUUACGCUUUACAGCUUAUAGUACCGGCCUCUUUGUGAUGGGCUUAUUAUAUUGGUGGAUCAGGGACUGGAGAAUGUUUACUAUAGUUACAACAGCUCCUUUAAUUCCUUUUCUAAUAAUUUCGUGGAGAAUGAUCGAAUCUCCUCGAUGGUUAUACACGCAAGGUAGAUUACAUGAAUCAUUAGAUCAACUAAAGAAAAUAGCAAAAGUUAAUAAAAAAAAAAUCGAGGACAGCACAGAAAAAGAGAUGUUGAGCGCAAAUUUGAGCGAAAAACCUCAAUCUUUUGGUGUAAUGAUGUUGUUCUCAUCAAAACAACUUACAAUAAAUACCAUAUUACAGGGCAUAAUUUGGAUUGUUUCUUCGUUGAGCUAUGUGCUGUUAUUAAUGAGAUCGGGAGAAAAAACAGACGGAAAUCCAUUCCUUGAUUUCGCUUGGCAAUCAUUAAUAGAAGUGCCUGCAGUCUAUCUAGCUACUUGGCUUGCAGAUAAAAUUGGUCGCCGUUAUACAGGAAUGGUAUCAAUCGGAGUUACCGCAGCUAUGUGGACAAGUAUAGCUAUUAGAGAAAAUAGCGCAGGAGGUUGGAUUCGUGAAUGGUGGAUGGGAACUUUAUUGAACAUUGUUGCCAGAUUAGCAACAACUGUGACAUUUUUUAUAAUUAAUUUGCUAAACAUGGAACUUUAUCCAACUUGUAUUAGACAAACGGGGACAGCUUUAGGAAAUAUUGUAGCUGGAAUAACUUCAGUAGUUGCUCCUUAUGUACUGUAUUUGGGACGGCGAAUUGACCCAAGGUUACCUGGUAUUAUUUUGACAGCUACAUGUUUACUGGGUAUUCUAGCAUCGUAUUUGCUACCCGAAACCUUAAAAGCUAAAUUACCGGAAACAUUAGAAGAAGCCCAAGCAUUUGGACGUAAAAAUAAAAGGAUUGAUUCGAGACAAUUAAAACCUUUAAAAGCAUCACAAAAUGUGUGAUAUACGAAGAGCAAACUACUUUUUAAUUUACUCGAAUAUUUACUAAAAAUGUAUCAAA